GAAUGAGUUGGUUAUAUCAUUAACACAAAACUUUAAAACUUUUUCAGGUAUUACACUUAUUGAGUUUGCCCAGAUUGAGCCACCUAACAAAGAAAUGCAUCCAAUGAGAGUCUUAAUAAAAAUCCAGAAGUCGGACCCGCCAGGAUUUGACAAACCUUCUAAAUGGUCUAAGAAUUUCAGAGACUUUGUUCAGAAAUGUUUGGUCAAGAGUCCUGAACAGAGACCCACAGCUCAGGAGCUCUUGCAGCAUCCAUUUAUUAAAGGAUAUGAAGACAAAAAGGGUAUUCUUGAUCUGAUCUGUGAAGCUAAAGCUGAAGUAGUGGAAAUAGUGGAAGACCUCACAGAGGAGGAGGACAUUUUAGCUAUAAAGAGGAAUAUGAGUAGUGAUUCUCAUUCCAUUGACUUAGACAGCAUCUCCUUAGCAAGUGAUGAGAAGGAAAAGAGUGAAGAACUAGAGGAGCGUGUUAAAGUGCCUCAGCCACAACCUCUGAAGGAGGAACCCAAGAAAGAAGCAAUUGAACAGCCUCAGCAGCACAUUGAAGAACCAUCGCCAUCAGAGACCAAGAUUACAGCCCCGGCAGAAGCACCAGUAGUUGCUGAAGUGGAGGCAAGAAGCGUUGAUGCAGACAAGACCACUAUAUCAUUAGAUGAGGGAAUUGGUGCUAGUGGGGAUGAGAAGUCUAGCUCUGAUAGUUCAGAAACCAGCCUGGUAGCAAGCCCGGCUAAGACAAGUGAGCAACAAGGAACUGAAGCAACAUCAGAGUUGACUGAUGAGGCAACAGCAGCUGUAGAUGUUUUAUGUGGGGAAGAAGUCGCUGCUGAGAUUGUGUCAAACAUCAUUGAUGAUGUUCUGAAGUCAACCUCUGUGGAACCUUCUGUUGCCAGUGUUGUAUUUGACACUUUUAAAGAUUAUGUAGCUCCAGAAGAGGCUGAAGAGGAGUUAAGUGAGAGUCUUCCAUAUGAUAUCGAAGCUGAUAUUGAAUCUGUGCUAGACACAAAUAAGAUUGAAGAAACAGUAGAAGAAAAAUAUGCAGUACCUGAAGAACCAAGUCAACCUGAAAAGGCAGAGUCACCAAGCGAAGAUAGUGGCCUUGUCUCAGAAGUUGAUACUGCUGUAGUUACUGAUGCUGUAGUGGUGACCGAUACUGGAGUGGUGACCGAUACUGUAGUGAUGACUGAGAAUGUUGCAGCUACUGAUGAUCUUGUGGUUACUGAUACUGUCACAGUUACUGAUGCCAUUGCUGCUGAUGUUGAUGAAGAUACUCCAAGAAUUUUAAGUGCAGACAAAGACCUUACACCGGCAACACAAGAAAGAAAUGAUAAUGAAACAACAGUUGAGAUUAUUGAAACCCCUGAGAUUGAAGACAUUUCUGAGAAGGACAAUAAACAGGAACCUACUCAGGUAAUUCCACAUUCCCUUACUUCCCCAGCGGCUGUACCUCAGACAGAUUUAGACACCUUUGAGACUCGUAUGAGUGAUGAGGUGUCCAACCUGGAUGACGACUCAGAUAAAAAGUCGGACUCUGGCAGCGUCAACACAGUAGACAGUGUGGGUGAAAGCCAUGAACAGGAUAACAGUGCUGAUGCAGGUCCGGUUCAGAAAAGGCAAAAGAAGGGAAAUCUCCGGGAACGAAACGAAAGCAAAAGCCACUAUCGCACAAUUGCUAAGACUCGUACCUAUAUGAAAGAUGGACAAGUUAUCACAUCUACAACCACCAAAGUUAUUGCUACUGGAGAAGAGAAUCGAGUCAGGGAGGAGCAUCUGCACAGGAAACAGGAUCUUCGUGAACUGAAACUGUUACAGAAACAAGAGAAUAAACAGAUUACAGACUUGCAGUACAAGAAUCAUGUUGCACUGGAAGCCAAAGAGAGAAAGUUUGAAACAGAUAGUGCG